UUUGCCCUCUCUCAUCAUCCACAUCUUCAUACAGAUCGAGUGGCACAACCUCUGGAUGGACUUCGAUACGCUGAACUCUCACCCGGAGGCGCAGCUGGAGCUGAUGAACGCAAUGCUGCAGCUAGAGCAGCUCACCGCGCUCCCUGACCACGCCAUGCCGGUGACCCCUUCUCCAUGCACGCAAGCCCCUCGUCACCAGUUCUCCUCGGCGCCUCACACGGCGAGCGCCAACGCCGGCGGGGCCUACCACGACCCGUAUUCCCAGCUGCUGAACUCCGCCCCCUACAACGGCAGCCACCGUCGCUCCGAGUACACGGCGACGUCGCAGCCUCCACCCGAUGGCGCUGGCGCCACGGGGCCGGCGGCCAUGCGGGAGAUGAUCUUCCGCAUCGCGGCGCUGCAGCCGGUGAACAUCGACCCGGACACGGUGCGCCCGCCGAAGCGCCGCAACGUGCGCAUCUCGACGGACCCGCAGAGCGUGGCGGCGAGGAUGCGGCGGGAGCGCAUCAGCGAGCGCAUCCGCAUCCUGCAGCGCCUCGUCCCGGGCGGGACCAAGAUGGACACCGCGUCCAUGCUGGACGAGGCCAUCCACUACGUCAAGUUCCUCAAGACGCAGGUGCAGUCCCUGGAGCGCGCGGCGGCGGCCAACGGCCACCGCGCGCCGCCCAACGGCGCAGCCGCCGCCGAGGCCUACCAGGGCCUGAACGGGCCGUGGUAA